AUGCCUCGAUCUGUGCCACAAGUCAGCUCCGCCUCGCGUGAGCAGGACGAGGGCGACCCGGAACCGACCGCCCCAACCUCCCGUACCGCUCCCCCGUCCCCGACAGCUUACCGUCGAGCCCAAAGCUAUCUCUCCGAACCACACACGGGCUACCAGUCCCUCGAAUCUCAUCUGGAAAUUGGCGAAACGACCAGUCUUCUCGGCCCGGAGGCUCAACGUCGAGCCCCGCGACGAUCAUACACAAGCGUCUCCGGCGUGUCGGGGCCGGACUCGUUGCGGUAUUUGCUGACGGCGGGUAGUCUUCGCCGUACCGCGAACCACAGCCGGACCAACUCACAGGGUAAACGGUUUAGCCGUCGAGGGAGUUUUGGCGAUGAAGGAGGUCAACCGGCGAGUUUACCAGCGUCAACCAAGGACGGGCUGACCGCCUCUUCAUUCCUCGAUGAGCGGACGUGGUACGAUCAAUUCACCUCGACCGACUGGGUACACGACAGCAUUGCCGACGGAGCGCGUCUGCGACAGCUUCGACAGCGCAAGGAUAUUCGCGGGCGACUACUGGCCUGGUUUGACGGCGCGCAAGGAUGGGUCUUGGUCGCGGUGAUCGGAUGCAUCACGGCGGCGAUUGCCUACUUUGUGGAUAUUACGGAGGACGCGAUAUUUGAUAUGAAGAUGGGCUAUUGUGCACACCAGCUCUUUGCGAGCAAGAGCCAGUGUUGCGGUGAGGGGGCCUCUUGUACUAAUUGGCGGUCAUGGUCCCAGAUCUUUCGUCCGUCCAGCACGGACAAUGAGUGGGUCGACUUUGCUCUGUUCGUCGUAUGGGUGGUGAUUCUUGCUAUGAUCUCGUGCGCCCUGACUAUGCUCACCAAGACGGUAGUCCCGUCAUCGAUUUCGUUGGCUACAUUGGAUGAGAAUCUGGGUGCAGAGGGUCGUGGUACGAAGCGUGGAACGGGCACUGCUGGCUCUGGCUCGCCAAACUCCCAAACCAGCCCGCAUGGGACGUUCCCUAAUUACCCGCCCCGUCCGGCGAUGAUUUACUACUCCGCUGCCGGCAGUGGAGUUGCCGAAGUCAAGGUGAUCAACAGUGGAUUCGUGCUUCACGGGUACCUGGGCUUGAAGACCCUGGUAGUUAAGACGAUUGCUUUGAUUUUCAGCGUCUCGUCCGGUCUAAGUCUGGGUAAGGAAGGCCCCUACGUGCAUAUUGCUACUUGCGUCGGUAAUAUCUGCUGUCGACUGUUUGCCAAAUACAAUCAGAAUGACGGUAAGCGUCGAGAAGUGCUGAGUGCAAGUGCUGCCAGUGGUGUUGCCGUCGCCUUUGGUGCUCCCAUCGGUGGUGUGCUUUUCAGUUUGGAGGAAGUCAGCUACUAUUUCCCUCCCAAGACCUUAUUCCGAACGUUCUUUUGCUGUAUUGCAGCUGCUCUGUCCUUGAAAUUCCUCAACCCAUACGGAACUGGCAAGAUUGUUUUGUUCCAAGUCCGUUAUAACACGGACUGGGAGAUUUUUGAAAUCAUCAUCUUCGCUUUCCUCGGUGUCCUUGGUGGUGCCCUCGGUGCAUUUUUCAUCAAAGCCUCGAGCUGGUGGGCUCGGACAUUCCGUCGCAUCCCGGCUAUCAAGCGUUGGCCCAUGCUGGAGGUGUUCCUUGUUGCCGUGCUCACGGGUUUGGUCAGCUUCUGGAACCGAUACACCAAGCUGCCCGUGACAGAACUGCUUUUUGAGCUCGCCAGUCCGUGCGAAGGAGAGUCGCGGUCGAGCACGGGACUUUGCCCUCGUGAAGACGGCAUUCUUGAGAUUAUUCGGUACCUGCUGGUGGCAUUCGUGAUCAAGAGUCUUUUGACCGUUGUCACUUUUGGCAUCAAAGUGCCGGCCGGUAUUUAUGUGCCAUCCAUGGUUGUUGGCGGUCUCAUGGGCCGAAUCGUUGGACAUGCCGUGCAAUACUGGGUUGCGAAGAACCCUACGUUUUUCUUGUUUGACGCCUGUCCCAAUGUUGCGGGGAUGGAAUCUUGCAUCACGCCGGGUGUCUACGCGAUGGUCGCAGCUGGGGCUACUAUGUGCGGUGUCACCAGGUUGUCCGUCACCCUCGCUGUCAUCCUUUUCGAAUUGACCGGAAGUUUGGAUCAUGUGCUGCCUUUCUCGCUAUCCGUUUUGUGUGCCAAAUGGACUGCGGACGCGAUUGAACCGCGAAGCAUCUACGAUCUACUUACCGAUAUGAACUCCUACCCCUUCCUCGACAGCAAACUCCAGCCUCUCUCCGAUGCCGAGCUGGGCGAUAUCGUGCGCCCACCCCACAAACGCCGAAUCAUCGAUAUAUCCAACUCCCCCUUCGUGCCUGCGCCCGCCCUGCGCACGAAGCUCGAGCAUCUCCUGAUGGCCGGCGAGUUGGACAGCGGCCUGCCAAUUCUUCGAGAUGGCAUCUUGACUGGGCUUAUCCCCGCGCCAGAUCUUGAAUUUGCGCUUGACAGCCUCGGUGACGAUGAGGAUAACACAGUUUGUCUGAUGGCGAUGGAUGCGUCGGUCGCUAUUUAUGAUAGUGAGACUGAAGAUGCGGUGCAAGAGGACUUUACCCGAUUCAUUGACCCCGCACCGAUCUCUCUGGAUGUCCAUUCUCCUAUCGACCUUGUCUACCAGUGCUUUGCCAAAUUGGGGCUCCGGUAUCUCUGCGUGUUGCAGAAUGGCCAUUAUGCGGGCUUGGUGCAUAAGAAGGCUUUUGUCAAGUUUAUGAAAGAGAACGAGAAGGCAUAG